AUGGCCCGUCGUUACGAUUCUUCCACAACCACAUUCUCCCCUGAGGGUCGUCUUCAUCAAGUUGAAUACGCCAUUGAAGCCAUUAACAAUGCCGGAACAUGUGUUGGUAUUCUCGCCAAGGACGGAAUUGUCAUGGCCAGUGAACGCCGAAUUACCAGCGGUCUCUUGGCUCCUGCCAAGGUCUCUGAAAAGACUUAUCAGCUAUGCAAGCAUGCUGCCUGUAACGUUGCUGGUUUGACGGCUGAUGCCAAUAUUCUGAUUGAUCAAGCUCGACUCCGGGCAGGACGUUACCAGUACCAAUAUCAGGAGCCGAUACCCGUGGAGCAGUUGGUGGAAUAUGUUUGCAAUUACAAACAAUUUUACACACAACGUGGAGGUCUGCGUCCUUUUGGAGUGGCCUUUUUGUUUGCGGGAUACGAUGAACACCACGGCUUUCAAUUGUAUCAAUCAGAUCCUUCAGGAAACUACAGUGGUUGGAAGGCGACUGUGAUUGGAGCCAAUAACCAAGCUGGAAAGUCAUUACUCAAGACCGAAUACAAGACUGGAGAGGAAGCAGAGGAAUCUAUUCCUGAUUUGCAAGAGGCUCUGAAGUUGGCAGUCAAGGUUUUGAACAAGACGAUGGAUGGAACUACAUCCGCAGCUGCUGCCGAAAAGAUGGAACUCUACACCAUGUCGAUGGAAGACGGGGAAUGUGCUCACAACAUCUUGAACAAGGUGGAAGCUCAGAAGGUUAUUGACGCUGUUGAGGCAGAGUCAGCAUCGGCUGGAGAUUCGUAA